AUCUACUCCCCAACACAUCAAUCGUAUUCUCUCACACUCCAAUCAUGAGACCCACCACUGUGUCCGCUUCCCUCCUUCUCCUCGGCACAGCCCUCGCUGUCCCAGAAGUCCAAGUCGUCCCCCGGUUUCCCGGCACCUGCACAGGCUACCCAUCCAUAAACCUCGGCUCAGGCGACCGCGCCCUCCCCUUCCAGAUAAUCGCCGACCAAGCCGACAACCCCACCGCCAACCUCCUCACACUCUAUCCCCACGACACCACACUCAACGGCGCGCCCAUCACCUACCUGGCCGUAAACCGCUGCACAGAAUGCGCCGCCGCAAACACCAUCCUGCAGUGCGAAAACGGGCUGGUCACGUCGUGGGGAUAUGAGUCGCCCGACAUACGCAUCUCGACAGCUGGGCUACCGUGGAGUGGGGAGGGAUAUACGGCGGGGAUUUAUCGGCAUGUAAUUGAUGGAGUUGAUCAGGGGCAUAAUUACUGGGGCGCGCAGAAUAGGACGACGUGGGGAUUCAAGGUGGCGGAUGAUGGGGCGCCCGAGCAUUAUAUGGUGAGGUUGAUGGGAUUGGAAGGGGAGCCGACGGAAGCGGCAUGGGAGCCGGAGUUUCUGGGGUUUGUGAGGGUGAUCCAGCCGCAUACGCCUUGAGGUAUUGCUAGGAAGGGGAAAACAAGGAAGGAGUGAGAGACUAGGGGAGUG